GUCAUGAUCGAGCGGUUGGGCGGAGUUCUCCUCCGCCAUUGGCGGCUCGAGCGCCUGGCUUCGAUGGGCGCGCCUGUCGGCGAGGGUGAUGCGGCGACGUGGAAGGGGGGGCUCGCCGGCGCGACGCGGCGUAUCAUGGCGGAAGCGCCUCGCGCGAAUUGCGGUGGCGAGCAGCUGCCGCGGGCGGAAGAGGAGCGCGUCGACCCAUUAUCUCCGAUCGCCGACGCUAGGAAGGAGUUCGUCUUCGAGGUGACCCGCGCGCGGCUCGGCAAUGCCGCGCUCUUCAUCGGCGAUGCCAAGUUCGGCAAAGCGCCACUCUUAUUCAUUUUGACCGCGGCGUUGGCCAGAUGCCGCGCCGAC